GUUUCCCAAGUGCCCGUCGACAUCCGGUAGGAGCUCAGAGCCAGUCAUAUGUUUGUUGUCUUGUUGGAUGCGUGGUUAUGGACCCAAAACCGUGUUGCUGUAUGUAGAAGCGCUUGUUGCUUGUCAUCCAGGUUUUCGAGAUGAAUACCACUAUAGGGAGGUUGGAAAGUAGCGUUAGAAAGUUGGCGUUAAAUAAUAAUAAUAUCGAGUUGCCGGAAUAUAUAGUGGAUCCCGGUUCGAAAACCACAUAUUUGAAAGGAAAGUUCCUGGGAAAGGGUGGUUUUGCUAAGGUCCAUGAACUAACCGAUCUGACUACAAAUAAAGUAUAUGCUGGAAAAAUCAUUCCUAAAAGUCGGCUCACUAAACCUCACCAAAAAGAAAAGAUUCUACGUGAAAUUGAUCUUCAUCGCAAGCUUCUUCACAAAAAUGUCGUCCAAUUUCACCACUUCUUCGAAGAUAAAGAAAAUGUUUACAUAAUUCUCGAGUAUUGUUCGAGGAAGUCUUUAGUCCAUGUUUUAAAAAAUCGAAAGGUGCUGACUGAACCAGAAGUACGUUAUUACAUGCAACAAUUAGCAGAAGGUGUUCAAUAUAUCCAUAGUCAAGGUGUAAUUCAUAGGGAUUUGAAACUUGGAAAUAUGUUUUUAUCAGAAGAUAUGGAAAUGAAAAUUGGAGAUUUUGGAUUGGCUGCAAGAGUGGGAAUAGAUGGAAAUAAUAAAAUAACUGUAUGUGGGACUCCAAAUUAUAUUGCUCCAGAAGUAUUAAAUAUGAAAGGUCAUAGCUUUGAAGCUGAUAUAUGGGCAAUGGGUUGUAUAAUGUAUGCAAUGUUAGUAGGACAUCCACCAUUUGAAACAUCAACUUUAAAUGAAACAUAUUCUCGUAUAACUAGCAACAGAUAUACUAUUCCGUCAACAGUAUCUGACUCAGCUCAAUCACUUAUUAGAGAGAUGCUUCAAAUUGUUCCUUCAGAUCGACUUGGUAUUAAUGAAAUUCUCAGACAUGAAUUUUUCUGUAGUGGCUAUAUGCCUGUAGGAUUGUCUGCAUCCUGCUGUUUAUCAGUUCCAAAAUGUCCAAUGAUACCAAUGGUGACAAGGUCCUCCUUUGUUGAGCCGCAUUUAAUAACUCAGGAAAUGAAAAAAAUGACUAAUUCCAUGUCUACUUUACGUAUCCAUAACUUUCCUAAAUCAGAAUUCACAAAGGAGGAACAACUAGCAAAGAAAGAAAACAUGAAAAAGGAGAAAGAAUCAAGCUUUCCAAGUAACUUGAAACAAAAACUUACAAGUGUUCUUUGUCCUGAUAAAGCUAAGAAGCAUAAAGGCUGUACAACUGCAGCUCUCUAUCAAAUGGUUGCAUCUUGUAUAGAAAGUAUGCCUCAAGUCUGGAAGGGUGGAGAAAUGCAACAUGGCGAAAUAGCUAAGAGAAAGGGUGUUAUUCCUCAAAUAAAACAAUGGGUAAGAACUUCGCGUGUUAUCGUCAUGCAACUCACCAAUGGAACCUUGCAGGUAAAUUUUUCCAAAGAUCAUACCAAAAUUGUUUUAAGUGGAGAGAAAAAUGAUGGACUAGUAACAUAUAUUAACGAAGAUCGCCACUCCAUGACUUUUUCACUAGAAGAUAUAUCUCAUCAUGGGUGUAGUCCGAGCAUAUACGAUCGCAUGCAGUUCGCUCUGUCCAUGCUACAAGAAUUUAAUGAUAUAGAAAACGAAGAUUUCUGACAAGAAAUUGCUUCAUUUUAAAACUGUGAUUUAUAUGCUAAUACUCCAUUACGAGAAACAAUUUACAUUUGUUUGUCGUACUGUACUGUACAUUGUUUUUGUAAUUUAUGUAUUCCAGCGAUAUUUUCGUUCAUUUUGAUUUAAUUGUUACGUAGUAUUUAAUUUUUGCUCGAUUUUUUUUCUGUUAAAUGAAUUUAAUUUCGAUCAUUUAGGAAACAUAUCAUCUGUUCAUAACUAAUUUAAAGACUUCUCCAUGUCGUUGCUCAAAGACAUGAUUGCUAAAUAACAUGGACAUAUUUGUUAAAUGAUCUCAUUAGCGUGCUGUAAAAUUCAGUGCCUGAGUAAUGUUGUAUUGCAUACAUUACUAGCUGUGAUAGUAUUUAUCAUUGACAAAAGUCAAUAUUUGUUAUACUACAUUUUGUAGUCUGGAAGGUAAUUUCCAGACUGUUCUCAAUGUCGUGUUAGUGAAUUGAACACUGUAAAUAUGUAAAUAUGUAAUUGAAAGGAAAAAAAUUUAUAUGAAUAGCCACUCAUUAUUGUACUUUAAUUUAGUGCCAGGAAAAAAAUUACAAAAAAAAAAAAAUAUAUUUGUCUGUUUAAUUUUGUAACAAGAUUAUAAUCCAUUUGGAAAGAAAGUAAUUUGUUGAUGAUUGAAUUUGAAUACUUCGAAGGUGAAGUUAAAGUCAAAUUAUUUCUAAAAUUUUAUUUAAAGGUGACGGGGAUGUUAUUGUAAUUAUUGGCAUUAUCACUGCCGCAUUUUUGUUUUUGAAGAUGUUUUCUUAAAAGUAAAGAAAAUUCUAA